ACUUAUCAUCGCAAAGCACCAAGAUGAUCUCAGUCAGACAUAUCUGUGUACUUCUUCUCUCUCAACUGUAUCUGAUUCAAAGUGAGGAUGUUCACGGACACAUUCAUUUGACCACAGCUGAACCCGGUGGAACUGUAACACUGCAGUGUGCAAUAUCAGAAUCAGACUUUCCCAGGAAAUGCUGGUACAGACAAACUAUGAGACACGUGUUCCAACGUGUUGUGGUUCACAAUGGAACUAAAUCAACUGUUUUGGUAGAAGAACGUUUCUCUGCAAAUAUGGUUAAUGGUACUUAUAAUCUAAACAUCCAAAACAUAACCAGUUCAGACGAGGGAAUAUACUUCUGUACAACCGAAACACACUAUAGGAUGGAAUUCAGAAACGGCACCUUUGUGACUGUGAAUGGUAACUGUCCUCUAACCAGCCUCUCCAAGAACAACCUCAGCCCCUCUGAUUCUGGGACUUACUACUGUGCAGUGGCCACAUGUGGAGAGAUACUGUUUGGCAAUGGAACAAGACUGUAUGUUAAAGAACCAGCAGUGGAUCUCAUAGUUAUCGUCCUGGGGGUGUCUUUAGCUGUGUGUGUUGUGUUGAUCAUUAUCCUCAUCUGUACCAGAAAGACAUGGACAGUGUGUGAGAAUUGCAAAGUGAGUGCUGCCUGUCACGGACAUGACAAGACAACUGGACAACAGUCAAGUGGCCAGGUGCAGGUGGUGCAGUCAUUAUUGUAACAAUAUGCAGGCUUUAUCAGGACGCAAUUUAAGGUGGUUUUUAAUGUGAUGAUUUUAGUUUUUCUAAUAGUACUUUUCAUGUUACAAUUACUUUACCUGAAAUUAUAUUGUGAUUCUUCACAGAAAGGUGAAGACUGGAACUAUGCUGCUCUGCAGUUCUCUGAGAUGAAAGGUAAAAGAGGAAGAAGGAAGCGAGAGACCCCACAGGAGAGUGUGUACUCUGAUGUGAGGGGUUCUGACUGGGAGGGAAGUGCUCAACAGGAAAUCAGUUUGUGAACAUUGUUGAGGUGGCAGUUACCGUUAGCGUUAUGUUGUACUUCUUUUACUUUUUACUUUGUACUCACGUCUUUUACUCUCUUUAAGUCUUAGUUUCAAAGUAGUGCUUGUGGUUACUAGACAUUCAGUCUGAAUCUCCAAAGUUAGGCUGAGGCACAGCUACUGUUUACCAGACCUCUGGUCACACUGUGGUUAGCAUUCAACAAACGUUUCUCUAUAUUUUUUUAAUAAUCAAAGUUUUUAUUGCUUUUCCAUUGUGAACACACCACAAUUAGCUAAAUGUAACAGCACCAAACACUCACUAUACAGAAAUCUGGGCAAAAAAAAAAGUUUAAAAAGGUCACAAUUAAAACACAUACA